AUGUUUGCUCGUCAAUGCACUCGUCUGGUUACUUCUCGGACAUCGGUCCCUUUGACCUCCUACCUCGCCCGAGUCCGGGGUUAUUCUUCGGCUGCCGGCAGCUAUGAGCACAUCCUCACUUCGACCCCCAAGCCCGGUGUGGGAUUGAUUACCCUGAAUCGUCCCAAGGCCCUCAAUGCGCUAUGCUCUCCGUUGUUCGUCGAGCUCAAUGAAGCCUUGAGCAAAUACGACAAUGACAAGAGCAUCGGCGCAAUCAUCAUUACCGGAAGCGAGAAAGCCUUUGCCGCUGGCGCCGAUAUCAAAGAAAUGGCUCCCCUCAGCUUCUCAGCUGCCUACAGCGACAACUUCAUCGCCCCCUGGUCCCACCUCGCCAACACCAUCCGCACUCCCGUCAUCGCCGCCGUCUCCGGCUACGCCCUCGGCGGCGGCUGCGAACUAGCCAUGAUGUGCGACAUCCUGUACUGCACCGAGACCGCCACCUUCGGCCAGCCGGAGAUCAAGCUGGGCACAAUCCCCGGUGCAGGCGGCUCUCAGCGUCUGACCCGCGCCGUUGGUAAGAGCAAGGCGAUGGAACUUAUUCUUACUGGCAAGAACUUCAGCGGAAAGGAGGCUGCCGAGUGGGGCGUUGCGGCUAAGGCUGUUGCGGGCGGUCAUGAGGAGUUGCUGGAGCAGGCCUUCAAGACUGCUGAGACGAUUGCUAGCUAUAGCCGGGUGGCUGUUGUUGCUGGUAAGGAGGUUGUGAAUAAGAGUCAGGAGUUGUCGCUUAAGGAGGGCGUUGAAUAUGAGAGACGGUUGUUCCAUGCGCUUUUCGGUAGCAAGGAUCAGAAGAUUGGUAUGACUGCAUUUGCGGAGAAGAAGAAGGCUGAGUGGUCGCAUGAGUAA